CCGAUAGGUAAGUCAGCUGGCAUGGAUCGGUAUUAUGGCGGAGGUGGGGGCCAUCAUGAUAGCCCUACCUACCUCAUCGUCCCUACUUCUCUACUUAAGCAUCUCAACCCGCUCCGGGGUUGGGUCGCACUUCCUUCGUUAGUUCCUGCUGCCUUCCUCAGAAACAGCCUCACCCAAAGUUGAUCGGGCCUCGGCUUCAAAUGUCCUGCACCACAGCCUGGGAGUAGCUUCUAUCCCUCAUAUUCUGCUUACAUAUCUGUUGCAGUUGCGCCUUCCAUCCUGUUAUCCAUCAAAUUAGAUCACCUACUGUAGCGAAUUUCAUAUCGAACUCUCGCUCGCCAUGUCUUUAAUAUUCCCCCCACCCCCCUCAGAGACUGCGUACCUAUAUCGCGACGACCGUACCCUCGACGGUGGUCAAACAGUCAAUGUUGAGUUGCCAAUAGUUCUACCCAAUAUGCCUAAGAAGAAUAAACAGAGAACUCCCCAGCAGGCCAUUGACGACUUCUGGGGCAAGUUCACCACCAAAGCUCCUGGCAAAGCGACCACUGUCAUCCCGCACAACGAAUAUGUCGAUAGAGCAGCCAAGCGCACCAGCAAAGCCGUCGGAACCACCACUCAAGCAUCAUAUGAGGAAGCCGCCGCCGUGUGUAAGCUCAAGGUAGCAAAGAUUGUUAAGGAAUGCAAACGAGUGAACCAGAAGUAUCGUGACCAGCACUUUGACCUUGAGAUUGACUUGAAAUGGGACCGCCGAGACACACUCGAGUCGCUCUGCAACGUCAAGGACCCAUCUGAGUCCAAGUUUCGACCCAAGAGUGUCAAGCGUGUGGCCGACAUAUUCGAUAAACCCCAGUUUUACAUCGACGGCCCUACUGCAAAUGAUGUACGGCAAGGCAGGGAUGGAGACUGUUGGCUACUGGCGGCGUUGUGCACGCUCAGCAACAAGCCUAGCUUGAUUGAGCGAUGUUGUGUGGCGCGUAACGAGCAAGUAGGUGUAUAUGGCUUCGUUUUCCAUCGAGACGGCGAAUGGAUCUCCGAGGUCAUAGACGACAAGCUGUUCCUAACCAAGCCUGACUUUGAUGACAGCUUCCUGGAGCGUGUAUUGUGGGAAGACCGCGAACGUGUCAAUUCUGAGGAGCAAUACCGCAAGGCAUAUCAAAGUGGAUCUGGUGCCUUGUAUUUCUCUCAGUGCGAACACACCGACGAGACUUGGUUGCCAUUGCUGGAAAAGGCCUAUGCCAAAGCCCACGCCGACUACGCCGCCAUUGAGGGUGGCUUUACGGGUGAGGGCAUUGAAGACCUCACCGGGGGGGUCACGUCAGAGCUGUACACGACCGAUAUCCUCGACAAAGAGUACUUCUGGAAGGAAGAACUCAUGAAGGUCAACGAUGAGUUCCUGUUCGGUUGCUCCACCGGCAUGUGGGGAAUUGGUUGGGGUGAGCGCAAAGGCAUCAUUGAGCUCCAUGCCUACUCGGUCAUGCGAGCGGUGGAGAUUGACGGACAUCGCCUUGUCUUGUUGAAGAACCCUUGGGGAAAAGGAGAAUGGCGCGGCCCGUGGAGCGAUGGAUCCAAAGAAUGGACGGCCGAAUGGUUGACCAAACUUGACCACCGCUUUGGUGACGACGGUAACUUCUGGAUCUCAUACGACGACCUGCUCAAGAAGUACCAGGCAUUCGAUCGCACUCGUCUCUUUGGCCCCGAUUGGAAGGUGACCUCCCUUUGGACAAAUCUGACAGUUCCAUGGACCCUCGACUAUCAUGAUACGCAAUUUGCCUUUUCCAUCUGUCGAACCGGUCCUGUGGUUCUCGUUCUGUCACAGCUUGACGACCGAUACUACCGUGGUCUCGAAGGUCAGUAUCGAUUUGAAAUCAAUUUCCGACUGCACAAGGCGGGACGAGAGGAUUACGUCGUCCGCAGCAUCAGCCCCUACUGUCAGAACCGCAGCGUCAAUGUCGAGCUGGAGCUCGAGGCCGGCGAAUACCUGGUCUUGCUGAAAAUCAACGCCACCCGCGACAUGGACAUACUGCCGAUAGAAGAGGUGAUACGCAACCACGCGCGGGAUCGUCGCGACAAGCUUGUCGCCGUGGGCAUGUCGUAUGACCUCGCCCACAGCAAGGGUAAGGUGGUUGAGACCCCAGAAGAAAAGAAGGCCCGCAAGGACGCCGAGAAGCAUAAGAAGGAAAGGGAAAAGCGGGCUCUGAAGAAGAAGUUGAUGGAGGCCAGGCAUAGGAAUCACUACCUGGAUGUCAAGGACCAACAAAAACGAAGAGAGAAAAAGGCAAAAGCAAAGGCCAAGGCUCAGCUAAAAAAGGCAGAGAAGGCAGAGAGAGCCAAGGCUAAGGUAUCCAGAGAAAAGGCAAAGAAAAAUUCAACUUCAGAAGCAGUAAGGAAAGACAAGGAAGAUGGCUCUACUGGAUCAAGCAAAGCCGUCGACCCCGUAAAGAAACACGUUCAGAUCCAAACUCCAUGCCAAACCCCUGAGCCCGACCUUGACGAUUCGAAGAGGGAGUCAUACUUGAGUGCUGAUUUGAGUGUCAAGACGCCUUCGACCGACUCUGGAAAGUCUUGUUCCGAGACAUCAGCAACCCACAGUCAACCUAUUCAUAGCUCUGAUGAACAGCCAUCUUCCACCAAGGCAGAGCCAUCUACCGUGGCAAUUGUUGCCAAGCAAUACCAGCAGCCGAAAGAUACAAAGGAUGACAUAUUGUCCGCGGUGUCUCCCGGUGAAACAUCCCCCGAGGAAGAAUCUUCUGAUAACAACACCAGAAAACUUUCAGAUUUCAAGACCCUUGUAGAAAAGGAUUCCACGGACGAUAAGACCUUCGCCGACAAAAAAGCAGAUAAAAACACAGCCAAGGAUUCUUCACCGGCUGACCCUUGCGAGGAGAUUUCCGACGAAACUGACGAAGAAACCUCUGAUGAGGAAACGGACAUAUCGUCUGUCUCGGACAUAUCUGAUCGCGAGCUGGAAAUUGAACUCGACCGCCGUGCCGCCCAAUCGCCCAUGCCCCCGCAUCAGCCGCAGCAAAUGGUUGUUCCCGAGGAGGAAGAUGAAUUUGAGCGCAACCCAUGGAACGCGGUUGUGACGGUCGGUUUGCGGGUCUACUACAAGAUGAUGGACGCGGACAGAGAUCAGGAGAUUGUGAAGCUGAGGGUGAUAAGACCGAAUCUCUAUUUGAAGAAAGACGAGACGUCGGCAGAUAAGGGCAAUGAAGACGACGAUGGAGAUGAACAGAGGUUGGAGGAAGAUGAUGGCGACCUGGAUACGCAGGACAAGGAGGGAGAUGGAGCGAAAGAAGGUGAAAUGGAAAAGGGACUGGAUGUUGAUGACUCAUCCAAGGAUGCUACACUGGUCGGCGAUCACGAGCGCAGGAAAAAGAGCAUUGUACCUUCUAAUGAGGGACCUGGAGGCACGUGAAAUUCCUGUCCUGGGUGGGAAUUACGUAUAGUAGUUGAACUACCAAACAGAUUGAAAUGGAAUACCUAGAAUGAUGGUCUUGAAAUUGCGGGGAGUAGGCUUGCUAUUGGAACAGGAUUAUGAAGAAUGAUGACCA